CUUGUUUUUUCAGUUCGUUCCUUCUUCCCCGCCUUCUUCUUUUAGGAACCAAAUAGAGAGCUCAAGAGAGAGAGUCGGUGAAACUAUAAUGGAGAGCGAGCCGACUCGAGUGAUGGUGGCGGUGAAUGAAUCGACUCUCAAAGGCUAUCCACACGCGUCGAUAAGCAGCAAAAAGGCAUUCGAGUGGACACUGAAGAAGAUCGUUCGGUCCAAUACCUCUGGUUUCAAGCUUCUCUUGCUCCACGUUCAAGUUCAAGACGAAGACGGUUUUGAUGACAUGGACAGUAUAUAUGCUUCACCUGAUGAUUUCCGACAAAUGAGGGAGCGUAACAAGGCUAAAGGACUUCACCUUCUUGAGUUUUUCGUUAACAAAUGUCAUGAGAUUGGGGUUGGGUGCGAGGCCUGGAUCAGGAAAGGUGAUCCCACUGAAGUGAUAUGCCAUGAAGUCAGGCGAGUCCGGCCAGAUUUUCUGGUUGUGGGAAGUCGUGGUCUCGGCCCAUUCCAAAAGGUAUUUGUUGGAACUGUGAGUGAAUUUUGUGUGAAGCAUGCAGAAUGCCCAGUCAUCACAAUCAAACGCAGUGCUGAAGAAUCUCCACAAGAUCCAGCUGAUGACUAAAUUCCAAAAGCAACGCAAAACCAUGCGUGCGAUUUCAUGUUUGCUGAAUCCCGCAAGCUUUUGAGAGACAAAUAAAUGGGUGUGUUGCAG